GCCCCGCUCCCCGCCAUGAGCAGCUCCCAGUUCAACAAGGGCCCGUCCUACGGCCUCUCCGCCGAGGUCAAGAACCGGCUCGCCCAGAAGUACGACCCGCAGAAGGAGGCCGAGCUGCGGACAUGGAUCGAGAGCGUCACGGGGCAGCAGAUCGGGCCCGAUUUCCAGAAGGGGCUGAAAGAUGGGGUGAUCCUCUGCGAGCUCAUGAACAAGCUGCAGCCCAACUCGGUGAGGAAGAUCAACCGCUCGGCUCAGAACUGGCACCAGCUCGAGAACCUCUCCAACUUCAUCAAGGCCAUGGCCAGCUACGGCAUGAACCCCGUGGACCUCUUCGAAGCCAACGACCUCUUUGAGAGCGGGAACCUGACGCAGGUGCAGGUGUCGCUGCUGGCGCUGGCGGGCAUGGCCAAGACGAAGGGGAUGCAGAGCGGUGUUGACAUCGGUGUGAAGUACUCGGAGAAGCAGCAGAGGAACUUCGACGAGGCCAAGAUGAAAGCUGGGCAGUGCGUGAUCGGGCUGCAGAUGGGCACCAACAAGUGUGCCAGCCAGUCCGGCAUGACAGCCUACGGCACCAGGAGGCACCUCUACGACCCCAAGAACCAGAUCCUGCCGCCCAUGGACCACUCCACCAUCAGCCUCCAGAUGGGCACCAACAAGUGUGCCAGCCAGGUAGGCAUGACGGCUCCCGGCACCAGGAGACACAUCUACGAUGCCAAGAUGGGGACGGAGAAGUGCGACAACUCCUCCAUGUCACUGCAGAUGGGCUCCAACCAGGGCGCCAACCAGAGCGGGCAGGUCUUCGGCUUGGGCCGCCAGAUCUAUGACCCCAAGUACUGCCCGCAGGGCAGCCAGGGUGAGGUGGCCAAUGCCGCCUGCGACCAGAGUGGGGACCCCCCCGGGUACCACUACUACCGCGAGGAGGAGGAGAGCUACUGAGCGGGACGUCGCCCAGCCCCGUCUCGCACCAUCUCGUAUACAGACCCUGCUGCCAGCGACAUUCCAGCCUCUAUUUUCGUCAUUCCCUCUUUUUAAACUUUU